ACACAAAAUCUAGAAAUCUUCCCAUUUCACUAUACUUUACUCUCCCUUUCUCACUCCAUUCUCUCUCUCCCUCUCCGAUACGCAUACAAAUACCAGCAUAACUUCACAAGCUCCUUCCACACAACACAAACAUUACAACAAUGGUGGACGUGGACCGGAGAAUGGGUGGCCUUAACCCGGCCCACCUCGCCGGACUCCGCCGCCUCUCCGCCCGAGCCGCCGCAUCGACACCUUCCACUCCACAACCCCCACGUAACAGCCUCCUCUCAUUCAAUUCCCUCGCUGAUAAAGUCAUCAACCAUCUCAAAAACUCGGGUACCCAAGUCCAACCCGGACUAUCCGAACCCGAGUUCGCCAAAGCCGAAGCUGAGUUCAGCUUCGCUUUCCCACCCGACCUCAAAGCCAUUCUCUCAGCCGGGUUGCCCAUCGGACCCGGCUUCCCGGACUGGCGCGCCACCGGCUCGGCUCGGCUCCAGCUCCGCGCUUCACUCAAUUUGCCCAUCGCGGCUAUCUCGUUUCACAUUGCGCGUAAUGCUUUGUGGUCCAAGUCAUGGGGUCCGAGACCCAUUGACCCGGAAAAGGCUCUUAAGAUGGCCCGAAAUGAGUUGAAGAAAGCGCCGCUAUUGAUACCCGUUUUCAGUCGGUGUUACAUUCCGUGCAACCCGACUUUAGCGGGUAACCCGGUUUUCUUUAUCGACGAGAAUCAGAUCUUCUGUUGCGGGUUCGAUUUAUCCGAUUUUUUCGACCGGGAAUCGUCUUUGUUUCGGGGGUCCGACCCGGUUUCACUAUCCAAGCAAAGAUCCGAGAGUGGGAAAUCGGCUGCGGCUCUAUCGAAUUAUUCGCGGCGGAGUUUAGAUGCGGUGACGGGAGGGAGGACGCCGAGAUGGGUCGAGUUUUGGUCGGACGCCGCCGUGGAUCGCCGUCGGAGAAAUUCGAACUCGUCGUCGCCGGACCGGUAUUUCGAAAUACCCAGAUUGGGGGUACCCGAAUGGGUAAACCAGUAUAUUGAUCGGGUCGGGUCGGUUUUGAAAGAAGGCGGGUGGGCCGAGUCCGACGUGAACGAAAUUAAAAAUGUGUCAGCCUCGGGUUUUUUGGACGGUGAGAUGAUGUGUUUGGAUAAUCAAGGCCUCCUGGAUGCUUUGCUCUUGAAAACGGAUCGGUUUUCGGACUCUCUCCAAAAAGCCGGGUGGAGCUCCGAGGAAGUUUCGGAAGUGUUCGGGUUCGAUUUUCGGAUCGUGAAGGAGAAGAAACUGGGUAAGAAGCUGUCACCCGAGUUGGUAGAAAGAAUCGGCAAGUUGGCUGAAACGGCAUCGUUUAAACAAUAAAAAAAAUUGUAUAUACAUGAAUUAUAAGAGUAAUUAAAGAAAUUAAAAUGAUUGAGUCCAAUAAUCUGUAUUGUACUAUUAUAAUUUUGAAUAUUUGAGGUGGUAACAGCUAUACUAGUCGAAUAAUUAAAAUUUUGGAGGCACAGAUUCCGAGGUCACGGCUGCACCUGCACGUGUGUUUCUUUAGUUUCAAAAACUGAGCAGUGACUGAUGGUACUUGUAUUAGUGUAAUGGUGCAGUAAAGAUAUUUUGGUUGAAUAUCAAUUGCAUUGUGCCAUUUUUUCA